CAGUAUAACUAGGUAGUUAGUACGAAUGAUAAAUGCAGUUCUUCAUCCAAGCAAAUUACCCCUGAAUCCGAGACACGCAAGCUCCACAGCCACGAGUCAAAAAGGGGCUUAGACGGGUUAGGGUUACCCGCGAUAUUUGGUGGAUGACUUCAUGUUGUUGAGAGCUUGCGCCGUUCAAUAGCUUAAUUGAUGCAAAUGCUCAUGUCAAUUAGAAGACGCGCGUUGUCAAACACAGUCAGAUACUCAAAACAAGAAAUGCAAUGAAACGUGGGGUUCCCACCAAGUGCCGCGUCGGCAAGCCACAUCAAACAUUUCUUCUGCUUCCUACGCCGCUUUGCCGCAGCCUUGCCUCCAACGUCUGAUGGAGAUAGAGGGGUAUCAUCCGGCUGUAUGUCUGCAUGCCCGAAUGGACGCAGAAUCCAUUAAAGGGUGCCGAAGUCAUCUUCAAGCGCCCUCGGUGACCGAGGCAAAACACCUCUCCGAUUACAACGUUGCUACUCAAAAGCCAGUUAAAAUGUCCACCUAUAUAGAACAGUUACCCCUUCCUGCCCUCCCUACCGGGGAUUUCUCAACCGUCACGCCCUUAUUCAGAAACACAACCAACAAUGGCCAACCACAAACAGCACCUCUCCCACCAACAUACCCCAACGCAGCAUCACUAAACCCGCCCUUCUUCGACCCAACUGCGCCCGCCCCUUAUCACGCCAGGCAGUUCAGCAACGGCCACCCAACCUCCAGCGUCCACAGCGACAGCACCGGAGACUUCAUCACCCCACCGACCCACCCCAACCCCGAAAUGCCCAACCCAAACCAUCACCACCACUACCAACCCUACCACCAUCAACCCCCCUACCACCACCACCGCCCAUCCCGCCCCAGCCCGCCAAGCACCGCCCGGCGCUGGAUGCUGCGCAUCAACGCGAUCCAGCGCUCCGAGCUCGGCGACGGCCUGCACCUCCCGCGGCGGAGCAACAACACGGCGGCAGAACCGAGUCCCAGCGGUGGCGACGGCGCAGCAGACGGCGGAGGGCGUGGUCAGACGCCGACGCCGGGGUCAGUGGCAGCCGCACACCAGCAGCAGCACCACCAGCAUCGGCGGCUGGUGAAGAAGCAGCGGGAGCGGGAGCGGGAGCGGGAGAAUAAUGAGAAUCACAGGGGGUUGGUGGGUGGGUUUCGGGUGCUUUGGCAUCGGGGGUGAAGAAAGGGGUGGCGGGUUGAUGGUGUGGGGCGGGGUAUGUUUUCGUGGGGGAUGGACGGAGUAAAA